AUCUGCAAUACCAUGCAUUCCGUGAAUGGUUCGCAAUUGGUCAGUUCAAGCGCGAUGUAGCGACCUUGCAACAGUCGGCCAUGACGGAUAUGCUCCAGACGCCAUGCAGCAGUCUAUCUCGGGAACACCAACCCUUGUAUUUCUAAGCCUAAACAGUCAAGAACCUCUUCAUGAUGACUGACAGUUCAGCCACUAACAAAAUUAUCCAGCCUGCUGUAAGGGUUGACAAUGAGACAUCCGAUACAUUGGAAAUGGAUUCUGACAACAAGCAGGCAGUUCAGUCUUUGUUGGCCAUGUCAUCAGAAGCCAUUGUUAGAGGUGUUCCAUCAGAGACACAAAGGCAUUUGUUUCAACAGAUGAACCAGUCAGUGUUGACAAGUAUUAGUCCAGUUGUUCAGCUUCCAGUAAAUACAGAACAAAUGAGACCAACUCAUGUUCGAGACAAUGCAACACAUGAAGCAGUUCAGGUGACCCCAUCCUGUGGUUUUGCCCCAGAUCUACCAGACUCCAAAACAUGUUUCAUCAGUGACAAUUCUGUAUCAAGAGUCGAAACAUCAGAUGGAAAUGGUGGACAACAAGACAAUAAUGCAGUUGAUUCUGUUCCAUGUGUGUCUUCCACAAUUGUUGGGCCCUCCACUUCAGUCAUAAAGCCAAGUGUCUGUGUUGAUUCAACUGAUGACUUGCUUGUUCCUCAAACACCUCCUACACUCAGAGGCAGUGCUUGUGUUUCAUCUGCUGCAGUGAACCUUACAGAGUCUUCUAUUAAACCCACUGAUGAUUCUUAUGUUGAGAAUUCAGUUACUACUGUUCGAUCAAAUGCAGAAACAGUACAAGAGAAGCAGCAUGGUCAGCCUGUGUCAGUGACCUGCUGUUCUUUGGACCGUGGUUCAUCUGCCGCUCCAGUACAAUUGCAGAGUACAAUAAAUACAAGGGAACCUGGGAUAUAUAAAGAAGAAUGUGACAACAAGCAAGGAUGGCAAACUGAAAGAGUAACUGAUAAGUUUGAGUGUUCCUUUACAGAAAGUGAUGACAGUGAUUCAGACAGUGAACAUUCAAAAAUGAAGAAAAAAGAUGAUGGGUUCUUUCAGAUAACAUUUGAUAUGGAUGAUGAUUCCAUACUCUCAACAGAAAACAGUGAAGGCGGAUCAUUCCUCACUUGUUGUGUGUGUGGGAAGGAACUGCCUGAGACAACAGUAGCAGAAGCAGGUAAAGAAAUGUGUAAUACAUGCAAACUUGUCAGAUUUAUGCCAGAGGAAACAAAAGCAAGAGGAAAGAGAGGAAGAAAGAAGAUUUUCACACCAUCAGAAAGUAAAGUAGUGGUUAAGUCACCUGUUAAGAGAUGCCCAAAGAAAAGUACAGUGAAAGUGGAAAAUGUUGACUCCAUAGCCCCAGUCAGAAAGAGUACAAGAAAGCGGGUAUCAACGAUUGUUAUGGAAGAAAUAGCUGGUGACUCUGAAGAAGACAGUUCUCCCCCAGAAGAUGAGACUGCCGUUGACAACAAUGGAGAAGAUGACUGCACAGAGAUUAGAAAUGUAAAGCCCCGCGAAAAGAAAAGCAAGACACAAGAGGAAAUAUCCAAGAGUAAAUAUGCUCAAGAGCUAAAUUUGACUCCUACUGUGAAAUCUGAAACAGAUGGUACAGAUGGUGUGAAAACGACUGAACAAGACAUUUCUGAUGAAGUGAUGGCUCUUAUCAUAGCAGGUAAUAUGCCUCCGAGGAAAAAAGGUAGGCCCAAGGGUUCCAAAAAUAAACCAAAACUCUUAAGAGCUGAGAAAGUGACAAAGAGGGAUAUGAAGUUCAACAAGAGAUGGUACAGAGGACGUGGUCCAGUUCCAGAUGCUAAUCCAGAUUCCGCAGAUGGCCUCUGGGCAUGUGAAUUUUGUGGGAAGGCAUUUCCUAUUCGAAGGAAUUUUCUUGCCCACAGGAGAAAGCAUUCUGGAAGACAUAAGUGUGAUGAAUGUGGUGACACUUUCGAGUGCAAUAGUAAAUUGCAGAGACACAUAAGAAGACAUCGUGGAGAAAAACCAUUUGCUUGUCACUUAUGUCCAAAAGCAUAUUCAGAAAACAUGUGGCUUCAAAGACACCUUGCAACUCAUCUAUCUGAGGGUCAUGCUCCACAGCCCAAACCCUAUCAAUGUAACAUUUGUGGACGUCAGUAUACACACAAAGGAACCAUGAUCUACCACGUGAAGACUCACACAGAAACAAAAUUUUACCAGUGUGAUGUUUGUGGGAAGCAGUUCACUCAUAGGAGUUCUCUUGAAUGUCACAUUAAGACCCACACUGGGGAAAAACCUUAUGUCUGCGAGGUUUGUGGCAAGCGGUUUGCUGACCGAAGUGUCCAGCUCAGACACACGCGAUCACAUUCUGGAGACAAACCAUAUAAAUGCAGUGUGUGUGACAAGGGCUUUACACAAAGUGGAACUCUCAAUAUACACAUGAGAUUACACACAUCAGAAAAACCAUACAAAUGCAAGAUUUGUGGUAUUGGUUUUCUGAAAAGAUGUGAUCUUAGCAAACACUCUAAAUGUCAUGUUGGUGAAAUGUUAUCAAAGAAAGCUAACUUGAUAACAUGUCGUGUUAAUGAAGGUAGAGGUGCUGAUAUUCAAGAAAAAGCAGCCCAGAUUCUUAUAAAUGCCUAUGGUGAGAAGAGAGCAGAUGGAACCAUUGAGAUAAAAACUAGACUUGAGCAGCCAGUAGGAACUGAACACUAUGAACAAGAAGCCACUGCUGAGCAAGUGAAUGCAGGACAGGUAGUGGAUAUGAUGCAGACUGUGGGCAUAACCUCUGGCGACACUCACCAUCUUGAACAGCGUGUGAUGGGUAGUCACCAUCAGGUACUUGAUCAAGACCAAGUGCAGCAACAUUCAGAAGACAUUCAGCGGCGUGCUUUAGAGUUUCUGGCCAUGCGGAGACAAGAAAUUGAGCAGCAGCAGGGGCUAGAUAGAAUACAGAUCCUACAUCCACCAUUACACAGGUCCACUCUAGACCAUGCCUCAUUGGAUAGACCAAUCAUGGAUCAUCACUCAGUAGAGAUAGUCGCUGAACAGCAGGCUGUAGAUAGGCACAGACAGAUUGAGAGGCAUGUUGAUGAACACCCAGUUGAAAGGCAGCUGCUAGAGCAAGUUGAGGGGCAGGUUAUUGGACAACCGCAGAUGAUAGAGGACCAACAAAUAGAACAGCAAAGACUUGAUCAAAUGUCAUCGCAGCAGCAGCAGCCCAUCUGGAUCUGCAAGUAUAACUAGGUUCAAUAGUGUGUCAUUCAUUACCUUUUGGAAAAGUGUCACCAUGUCUGACCAUCAUCACAUAGCCCAUAUUAAAGUGUCAUUGAGCAUUUACUAAAAUGGGAUUUGUGGGAUGUCAUCAACAGUACAGUCUGGUGAUUUGUAAGGAGGAGGAGUGUGAUAGUACAUCUACUAAAGUCGUGUUAUCACGUUGGUAAACUGAAUAUGUGUCAUAGUGGACCAAAUCAGCAAAUAUGACUCUCUGAAACAUCAUAACCUCACCUUGACACUGGUACAAGCUUACCAUACAGUUGAAGAAAACUUACAUGUAUCAUGUGUAUAUGAUGAUAAAAAGGAAAUAUUUACUCAUUAUAGUCUGGUGAAAUAGCCUGCAAUAGAUAUAACUGUUGCUGUCUGUUUUUAUCAAUAUUAAAAGUGCUAGCCAUUCGGGAUAUUAAGAUACAGGUGUCACAUAAAACAAUACAUAUCUCCAUACAGAAGCCAUGAUACAAUACAGUUCUUGAUACUGCAUAUACAACAUUUUGUAAGGAAAACACAGUCAUUAGACUGAGAAUAGAUUUCAUAGACUCGGUCCUAAAGGUAAAGAAGGACAACUGACAUCUGACUGGUACCCAUUGACAGGACACCGAGUCAAGUCAACUAUUCUGUAUGAGAAAAUAAUAAGAAAUUAACAAGUUUACGUACUGUAUUAGGACAGACAGCAAGGAAAAGCUGGUCAGUCUUUUUGUUGGGCCUGGUUCACAUCCGAAAGACGACCAAAAAAGUUAUAAGGAUUACAAAAAUAGUUUGUACUCGCUGAAUGAUAUUGAUGUGAGAUCAACAUAGACAAUCAAUAUAGGGUUAAAUGUGAAUUGAUGCCAAAUUAAAUGUAUCUGGUAUCAUAGUUUGCAGAUGUUGCACUGAUGUACCGGGAAUCGCAACAUCACUACGACUCAUAUAUGUUUUGGAACCUGAAGUACAGGGUCAUGCUAUGGCCUCACUGUUUUAACUUUGAUAAUGGCUGAGCCAUAAUUGCUACUGUUUAGAUAUAUAUACAUCCGGAAAUAGGUUAAGCCCAAGCCCUUUUGUAUUUUCAAGUUUUGAAAUUCUGAGGACCUUUGGAAAUAUCUACACAUGAUAUUUACUUCAUUUCAUUAAUGUCAAAAGUACAACUGAUGCCUGCUGAAAUGUUGGCACAAGAACACUCUGUGGUCGCAAAUACUGAGUCACAUCACAUAAUAUAAGGAAGCAGAGCAAGCCAUGGAUAGGAGUUGUAGAUAACAAAAUGUUUACUUUAUAUUCUAAUAUAAAGUAAGCAGUGAUUAACUUUUGCCAGGUGUGUGAUGUGUGAGUGUGUAUAGAUACCUGGUAAUCUGCUCCUGUGCUUCAGUAUACAAACACCACACAGUAUUUUCUUAAUGAUAGUAAUUGGUGAUAAUUAGCGGUGUUGUGAGAAGCAGGACUGAUUUAAGGUUUUUGUUACAAUUUAACCAAGGCUGAUGUUUAUGUUCAACUAAACAAAUAUUUUUGAUAUCAGAGAUUGUUCUUCCAUCAUUAAACUGUGUACACUUUUAGAAAAGGACCCAGUUUGGUCAAUAUUAACAAAAGGUCAAGGUCUGUGUUCAGUUUUUUGUGAAACAUAGUUAUACUAUGGUCAAUCUUUUCUUUCGUGUAACUGAAGAAAUCUUACCACAUUAUAUUUCAGUUGCAUUUUCCUGUAUGUCAAAGGUCAAGGUAAUUUUGAAAAGAAGUUGUAUUAUCAGAAUAUACAAUACUUUGGAGAUGAUGCAAAAUGCAGAUGGAGGUAAUUGACUUUAGAGGGUAUCCUACAAUGCAAUUAGUCCACAUGGCCUCAGAGAAUUUUUAUGGCACAUGCAAUGAAAGGUCAAGGUCAUGAGAAAGAAAUACCUCACUAAACUAAAAUAUUACAAUUUCUCUUAAACACUUUAAGAAUUAUACCUUUUAUGAUUAUACUCAGUAUUUAACUACUUUUUCUUUAGUCAAAAUAAGUCAAAGGUCUAGGUCAGCCUCGAGGUUGCCAAAUGGGUAUCAUGUUGUCAAUUUUGUCAGACUUAGUGUGACUUUUAGCAAGCACUGGUACAGUGGGGCAAGCCAUGAUAGGGUAUAAAACAUACAGAAUUUGUUAGUCCAGUCUAAAUCUGUACAGUUUGAAAUGCUUGGUAUCAUAAUACAUCUAUGCACUGCUGAUAGUGAGAUAUCUGUGAUGCCCAACAACCUAGACAUGUAAAAACUUAUCUGUGUUAAUAAGACAUAUUUCUAUCCUAAAUGUGAUAUCCAAAUCAUAUUAUGGAGUGUUACUGUUAGAAGUAUAAAGCUCUAGCAUACUGUGUCUUGUGUACAUAUGUAUUGAAAUACUGUAUUGGGUGUGUUGCUUUGGUUUUUUUAUCAAGGAUAUUGAUUGACAAAGGUAGACAAAUGAUGUUUCUAAAGAAAUGAGUUUGUGAACAAAUAUAAGUUUGAGUUACAUAAUAGAAUAUUCCUAGUCUAGCUGGCAAAACAUUGUGCAGAGUUUUAUGCCUCAUAUACAUGAAACCACAUUAUUAUUACUCACUCACUCACUCACUCACUCACUCACUCACUCACUCACUCACUCACAAUGGCAUGUAAAGUUUAUAUUAGUGACAGGUAAAUCAUAUAUUUUAUUAAUGCUACGUUCCAAGAAAAUAUUUAUUUUCUAAGAGAAAUGCUUUAGUCCCAUUGAUUGUGCACAUGCCAGUUGAGUUGUUCAAGGCUGUUAAAUGAUUUCAUGUGGUAGGUCAUGGAUGGUGAGAGCAGUGUGGUAAAUGUCUUGUGACUGUUGUUUAGUAUGGUUUUGGUCUCUCUGUCUGACAGAAAUGAAAAUGUUUGUGUUAACAUUGUCAAAUUGUAGAGCUGCAUUUUCUAUCUUCAGCUGUACUUUUAUGUUAUCUUGUAAAAUAUAUUACACUAGACUCUUCAGCUGAGAUAUAUAUGGCAGAGAGUGUUGUACAAUGUAUACAUUGGACCAAAUACUUCCACAUCUAGGUUGUAAAUACAUGUAAUGGACAAACUGACAUCUCUUUGGAAUCGAUACUGUAAUACCUAUUACUGUGAUUAGAUAUUAGGUAUACCUACGACUGUGAUUAGUUAUGUACCGACUUGCUUCCAUUGGAGGUCAAUUUAAUAGUGCUUUGUUAUUGUAUGCUUGCCUAAAAAGCGACUGCUUGUCGUAAAAGGCGAUCCCAUAUUGGGUGGUCAUGGAUCGGGUGGUCAGGCUCGCAGACUUGGUUGAUGCAUGUCAUUGUAUCCAAACUGUGUGGAUCGAUGAUGAUGAUGUCAAUCACUGGAUUGUCUGGUCCAGACUCGAUUGUUUAGAGACCGCCGUCAUAUAGCUUGAAUAUUGCUGAGUGCAGCAUAAAACAACAAACAAAAAUUUAAACCAUCAAGAAGAAAGAAAGGUUUUAUGCUGUCAGUUUCAUUUGUAAUGUAGAUAGCAUGCACAUCCCAUAAGAAGGCAUCAAAGCAACAGCUUGGAUAUUUUUCAGGCACAAAUACAAGCACAUAUGUGUGUGCAAGCAUCAUUAUUACUGGCAAGUACAGUACAUGUAGUUCAUACAUACGAUCAGAUGAAUUUUGGUACUCCGUCCUUCAGGGUAUGUCUCACUUGUGGAGCAGCAGGUAUAAUCACAGUGGAACUAAUAUUUCAGUUGUGAUCUGAGUAUUCACACUUGGGUGAGAUAUCCAUGUGGACACUUUAAGAAUGAAGUCUUUAUUUGUGCCUCAGUAUCACAAAGACAUCAGGACGCACUGACUGUCAUGUCAACAAUGUAUGCUCUCUUGACAACCCUUUAGUAUAUUACAUUGUAUUUGUGACUCUACUGACUUCACAUGCUUUAAACCCUUAAGAAUGUAGUUUCUGUGAGGCAGUCUGUGCAAGGAAUCUGACAUGCUAUUUGUUACCAUUGUUACAGGCUUUAGUUGAACCUGCAGAAUAAAAUGACCUGGUGUGGACGCAAGUGAUUGAUACAAUAAAGUCACAUAAUAAUGGUAA